AAUAGUGUCUCAAUCGGUGACGUCACUCGCGCUGAGACCUUGAAAUAGUUGAUCCCCUUCCUCUGCAAGAGCCGCGGGUUUUGUGGAGCGAUGUGUAACGGUGUCCAUGUGUGCAGAGGGUCCCUGGUUCGAGCCCAGGUAGGGGAAAAGAGGAGAGAGACGGAAGCUAUACUGUUACACAAGGAAGAAGAAGAAAUAUAUAACCGUUAGAUCUGUACAGAAUUGACACCAAGAAUAAAACAAAUGCGUGUUAAAUAACACGGCCAAAGAGCAAAACCGAGGGACUCUCAUGACCGGAAAAUUAGGUUUUCGUGCGGUUUUAUGGGUCCUGUGUUGUGGUGCGGUGGUUGAUGCAGUGAAGGUGAAGAGAAAUAUGAAAAUACAAAAGAAGGACAAACAGAUGUCCACCACCCACUCACAAAAGUACACUCCAGCUACAGCAGCCUCUAAUGCAACUGCCCAAAAUGCACAAACUCCAUUUCCCAGGGGAACCCUGGGCUCUAAGGACCAGAUCAGGGACCUUGGUGGUGGUCAGACCAAUCACUGCAUGGCCAACUCCAAGCAACCCAGGAUGGGCGAGGCGGGCACCAGCUCGGCCAGCCUCAGCCCCUGCGCCCCCUCGUCACCCCUCAACAGCGAGGAGGAUGAUGGAGGGGGCGGGCGGUGGGCGAAGAAGAAACGAAAGAAAAAAGACAAGCGGGGCGAGCCUGGCAGUGCCUGGCAGCACAAGGGCUUGGAGAGAGACAUGAAACCAAAUAAAAAGAAGGAGCAGAAAGAAGAGAAGGAGCUGCUGCUGCGCAAUGUCAAGGAGCCCAGGAAGGUGAAGGCACCAAAAGAGGUGAAGAGAGGGAGAAAACCCAAGGCGCAGGCCCUGCCCCAUCCUCCUUCAGAAUGCAAGAGCGCCCCCUCUCCUUCCAGACAGAGGGGCCGCAAACCCAGAGCGCAAGUCUUCCAAGGGCCGGUCCCAGCGGAGAAGAAGAAAAAGGGCAAGCGGAAAAGCGAGGCAGUUCUCCAGGAGGCUGGGGAUAGAGAUAAUGUGACCUUCCUGUCCGCGCUGGCCAUCGGGGGAGAGGAGAGCAUCGAUCCCCUCGACAACACGAAGCGUCGCUCGGGGCGUCAGGUGAAGCGCAGGAAAUACAAUGAGGACCUGGACUUCAAGGUGGUGGAUGACGACGGGGAGACUAUUGCUGUGCUGGGGACGGGCCGUAUCCCUGCCCUCAACGCUGCCACUAUCACCUGGCAGGCUGAGGAGCCCCCUGAAGAUGAGGCAAACGUUAUUGAGAAGAUCCUGUCGGUUCGAACUGUGAAGAAAGAGGCGUCCCCUGAGGAUGCAACUGAGGAGUCCGAGGAGUUCUAUGUCAAGUACAGAAAUUUCUCCUACCUGCAUUGUAAAUGGGCGACAUUGGAGGAGUUGGAGAAGGACCCUCGCAUCCAGCAAAAAAUCAAGCGCUUCAGGACUAAGCAUGCCCAAAUGAAGCACAUAUUCGUUGAGCCGAAUGAAGACCUCUUUAACCCCGACUACAUAGAAGUGGAUAGAGUUCUGGAGGUGGCCAUCACGACAGACACAGAGACAGGAGAGGAGGUGACACACUACCUGGUGAAGUGGUGCUCCCUGUCCUAUGAGGAGGCUACAUGGGAGCUUCAGGAAGAUGUGGACCCGGUGAAGAUUCGGGAGUUUGAGGAGAUCAAGAGAAUCCCUGAAUUGAAAUUUGUGGAAAGACCUCAGCCAGACAAGUGGCAGAAGCUGGACAAAUCCAAAGACUAUCGAAACGGGAACCAGCUGAGAGAGUACCAGCUGGAGGGCAUGAACUGGCUGCUCUUCAACUGGUACAACAGGAAGAACUGCAUCCUGGCUGACGAGAUGGGCCUGGGGAAGACCAUCCAGUCCAUCACGUUCCUCUUUGAGAUGUUCUCCAUGGGCCUGCGGGGACCCUUCCUCAUCAUCGCCCCCCUUUCCACCAUCACCAACUGGGAGAGGGAGUUCCGCACCUGGACUGAGAUCAACGUCAUUGUCUACCACGGCAGCCAGAUCAGUCGCCAGAUGAUCCACCAGUAUGAGAUGUACCACAAGGACCAGCAGGGAAAUGUAGUGUUGGGCGGGUACAAGUUCCACGGAGUGAUCACCACCUUUGAGAUGAUUAUGGCCGACUGCCCGGAGCUGAAGAAGAUCCACUGGCGCUGCGUGGUCAUCGAUGAGGCCCACCGCCUCAAGAACCGCAACUGUAAACUCCUGGAGGGCCUCAAGCUCAUGAACCUGGAACACAAGGUCCUCCUGACAGGCACCCCCCUGCAGAACUCAGUGGAGGAGCUCUUUAGUCUGCUCAACUUCCUGGAGCCCCUACAGUUCCCCUCAGAGAGCCUCUUCUUGGAGGAGUUUGGAGAUCUGAAGACUGAGGAACAGGUGAAGAAGCUUCAGGCCAUCCUGAAGCCCAUGAUGCUGCGGCGGCUGAAGGACGACGUGGAGAAGAACCUGGCGCCCAAGGAGGAGACCAUCAUCGAGGUGGAGCUCACCAACAUGCAGAAGAAGUACUACCGGGCCAUCCUGGAGAAGAACUUCACCUUCCUGGCCAAGGGGGCCAACCAGCACAACAUGCCCAACCUCAUCAACACCAUGAUGGAGCUGCGCAAGUGUUGCAACCACCCGUACCUGAUCAAAGGUGCGGAGGAGAAGAUCCUGGAUAGCUUCAGGAAAACGCACAGCCCUGAUGCUUGGGACUUCCAGCUCCAGGCCAUGAUUCAGGCGGCGGGGAAGCUGGUGCUUAUUGACAAGCUGCUGCCGAAGCUGAUUGCUGGCGGCCACAAGGUGCUGGUCUUCUCCCAGAUGGUGCGCUGCCUGGACAUCCUGGAGGACUACCUCAUCCAGAGGAGGUACACCUAUGAGCGCAUCGACGGCAGAGUGCGGGGUAACCUGCGCCAGGCAGCGAUCGACAGGUUCUGUAAGGUGGACUCGGACCGCUUUGUGUUCCUGCUGUGUACCCGUGCUGGGGGCCUGGGCAUCAACCUGACCGCUGCAGACACCUGCAUCAUCUUCGACUCGGACUGGAACCCCCAGAACGACCUACAGGCCCAAGCUCGCUGCCACCGCAUCGGCCAGAGUAAAGCAGUGAAAGUGUACAGGCUGAUCACCAGGAACUCCUAUGAGAGGGAGAUGUUUGAUAAAGCCAGUCUGAAGCUGGGUCUAGACAAGGCUGUGCUGCAGGACAUUAAUCGAAAGGGCAGCCUCAAUGGGGCGCAGCAGAUGACCAAGAUUGAGGUGGAGGACCUGCUGAAGAAGGGGGCGUAUGGCGCACUGAUGGAUGAGGAGGACGAGGGCUCCAAGUUUUGUGAGGAGGACAUCGACCAGAUCUUGCAGCGCCGCACCCAAACUAUCACCAUCGAGACAGAGGCCAAGGGCUCCACCUUCGCCAAGGCCAGCUUUGUGUCUUCUGGAAACAGAACUGACAUUUCCCUGGACGAUCCCAACUUCUGGCAGAAAUGGGCCAAAAUAACCGAGCUGGAGAUUGACUCCAAAGCAGAGAAGGAGAGCCUGGUGAUUGAUACGCCUCGUGUGAGGAAGCAGACUCGUCACUACAACUCGUUCGAAGACGACGAGCUGAUGGAGUUCUCUGAGCUGGACAGCGACUCAGAAGAGAGGCCCUGUCGCACCCGCCGCUUCAGCGAGAGGAGCAGACGCUACCUCCGUGCCGACUGCUUCCGCGUUGAGAAAAACCUGCUCAUAUUCGGCUGGGGUCGCUGGAAGGACAUCCUGACCCAUGGGCGCUUCAAGUGGCAACUGGGUGAGCGUGACAUGGAGGUGCUGUGCCGGGCACUGCUGGUCUACUGCGUGCGUCACUACAUGGGCGAUGACAAGAUCAAGAGCUUUAUCUGGGACCUCAUCACACCUGCCAAGGAUGGCCAUAAACAAGACCUGCAGAACCAUUCUGGCCUGUCGGCCCCAGUGCCCAGGGGACGCAAGGGUAAGAAGCUAAAGAACCAGCUGAGCGUGCCCGAGAUGAAGCAUGCAGACUGGCUUGUCAACUGCAACCCAGAGGUAGUGCUACAGGACGACAGCUACAAGAAACACCUCAAGCAGCACUGCAACAAGGUACUUCUGAGGGUGAGGAUGCUGUACUACCUCAAGGCGGAGGUCCUGGGAGAAACUGCUGCUCAGUUCCUGGAGGGCAUCAAUGCCAGUAAACUGGAGGUGGCACUGCCUGAUAUUGACUACAUCGAGAUCCCAGCAGGCUGGUGGGAUGCAGAGGCGGAUAAGUCUCUCCUCUUAGGAGUGCACAAACACGGCUAUGAGCGAUACAAUGCCAUGCGGGCCGACUCAGAGCUAUGCUUCUUGGAGCGGGUGGGCAUGCCUGACGUCACGGUGCUCUCAGCCGAGCAGAGUGGAGGAGAGGUGGUGGCUGACCUCACUGACAGUGGUUGCAAAAGUGAUGAUGUGAAAGACGAUCCUGAAUGCGAUCUGGAGGAGGGAGGAGUGGAAAAGGUUGAUAAGGAUGAAACCAGCUCCAGUAAUGAUGCAAUGGACAAGCAUGACAGUGUUGGUCAAGACACACUCUCAGUGGAGAUGGUCCAGGAGAGCUUUGGCCAGGAGGGCAUGGAGCUAAAGGGUCGCCCUCUGUGGCCGGCCGGCCCUGCCCUUACGGCCAGGCUACGUCGCCUCAUCACGGCCUACCAGCGCUUCAUGCGGCGCGAGCCGCUGCGCCACGACUUCCUGCUACCUGAAGGGCUGGGGGCAGGCCCGGGGACAAUGUCCUGGCAGCUGGGAGAGGAGAUUAGGCGUUGCACGGUGGCCGCCGCCGAACCUGACCCUCUCUUCCUGGAGUGGCAGAGAAGGUGGGUGAUGAUGUCAGAGCAAAGGUGGACACGGCGUGAGCAAGCAGAUUUCUACCGCACCGUGUCGUCGUUCGGUGUGGUGUACGACCUGGAGAAGAAAACAUUCGACUGGAGUCCUUUCCGCUCCUUUGCCCGGUUGGAGAGGAAGACCGACGAGAGCCUGGAGAGAUACUUCAGUAGCUUUGUGUCCAUGUGCCGCAGCGCCUGCAGAUUGCCCCCCAGGAAGGACGAAGGGCCUCUGGACCACAACCUGUUUGUGGAGCCCAUCACAGAGGAGCGAGCAGCACGCACCCUCUACCGCAUCGAGCUGCUGCGCAAGGUCAGGGAGCAGGUGCUGCGCCACCCACUGCUGGGCUCGCGACUGCAGCUGUGUCGGCCUAGCCUCUACCUGCCUGUGUGGUGGGAGUGUGGCAAGCAUGACCGCGACCUCCUGAUUGGAGCAGCCCGCCACGGCCUCAGCCGCACUGACUACUACAUCCUCAAUGACCCGCAGCUAUCUUUCCUGGAUGCCCAUCGCAACUACGUCCAGAAGGAGAAUCACCAGGGCUACCAACCCAGUGUGCACCACGCAGGCAUGGCCCCCUCACCGCACCACCACCCCUGCUGCAUCUAUGAGACGGGCCUCGGCCAAUGCCACUCUCCCCAGCCGCCGGAGUACGGUCACCCAGCCAUCCCCUCCUCGUCGAUCCACUUCCAUUCUCACCCGAACGUCCACGGUCACCCGCCAGAGAUAGUGGGCACGGGCCCUGGUGGCAGCCUAGGUAUGGUGUCUGGGCCAAGGGAGGGCUUCCUGGUUUGCCCCCCUCUGGAUGAGUCAUUGGAACUGGCAUCACUGCAGCAUGAGGGCCUGGCCUCAGAUUCCCUCCAUGGCAAGUCUGCCAAGGAGGCCUUCAACGGGUUCCCCUUCAACUCAGCGCAGGGCGGCCAGAGCAUGCUCAACUCGUAUGGUGUGCAGGCGGAGCUGACCAGCGAGCAGUCGGCUGACAUGGACCCAAUCAUCUCAGGCAAGCUUCGCAGCGACGUGCUGGUGGGCUCCUCGGAAGAGAAUGGCCUUAUGGCUCCCUUGCUGGAGCUGGAACAGGAGCUGCAGGCGCCCUGGGAGAGCACGGACCACACAGGCACAGCAGACGUCGUGGGCAUGUUCAACGAGGCCGACCCCAUCCUGGGGGCACCAGCCCUUGAUACAGAGUUCCUGGACACAGAGGAGCAGCCGGGAGACGGGGGAAGGGAGGACGGAGCAGGGGGAGUGCUUGACGACUGCCUAGGUAUACCCUCAGCCCGGAGCGGCCCAGGGGAGCCGCUGCCCUCCAGUUUCAUGCUGUUCAAGAACAUUGACGUGAGCGAGGAGGAGCCUGCUGCAGAGCACACAAACCUCUCCGCCAGCCCGCUUCCUUCUUACAUCCCCCCUCCGCACCUGUCGCUGUCCCAUAUGACCUUGCACCCCCACCACCACAAUGGUGAUGUCGAGCAGCCAGAGAAGUUGAGUGACUCGGACACUGUCGCCCACAUGCCCAGCCCCGACGAGAGGGAGGCAGAGAGGGAUGUGUCCUUUCAAUUUGACAAGGAGAUGUCUGUGGACAGUCCAAGUCUGGUGGGGCUGGAGCAGGGCCUGGACCCCUCAUGUAUACCAUGCGAGGACACUCUCCAAGAGGAGCCCUGCUAUGGGAUGGGAAUGGGCUCUCCAGUGGAGUCAUGUCAGGUGGCUCUAGAGAGGCCAGGAGAAGAGACUUUAGAAAGGGACACGCCCUUAGGGCCAGUUGAGGGGCUUCUAGAGGGACAGGUAGAAGAACCCUUGGAGAUAUCGCCCAUGGAUUCCCAGGAGGAGGAAUCAGUGGAUGGGCCUCUGGAAGACUUCGGUAAAGACAAAGCACCAGAAGGACAAUUCACAGGGCCGUUGGAGCAGUACGACGUAGAACCAGAAGCUGACUUCGAGGGGCCUGCCGAAGCAGAGAGCACUUUAAGCGAAUACACACUCCCCACUGUUGACGCUACAGACACUCUGCCCCCAUCCUCCUCAGUCCCCAGGCCCCAGCCUGAGCCACCACUGUCCCCACGUGUGGUGGGAGUGACACAGAUCAAACUUGAGUUCCCUCUGGACCCAGAGAGCUCUGAGAGCAAGUCAGACAUACUGGAGCCUGACAGCACUGUCCUCACGCCCAAACUGGAGCAGACAGAGGUGCUGCUGGACGUGAAGGACAAGAUCAAGGAGGAGAGGCCCCAAACUCCAGCCUCUCUAGUGGACAGCUAUGUGGAGGUGGCACAGUUUGCAGUCCCCAUGUCCAUGUGUGAGAUGCCUGACAGUCUGCAGGACGUGCGGGAGCCCACCAUCGCCCAGCUGCUGCAGGAAAAAGCCCUCUACUCCUUCUCCGAGUGGCCAAAGGAUCGGGUGAUCAUCAACCGCCUGGACAGCAUCUGUCACGCCAUCUUGAAGGGGAAGUGGCCCUCUUCCAGCCAGCAGUAUGACUCCCCUAGCUCUCUGGCAAACACCUGUGUGCCUAACAUUGUGCACCAGAGGGCUGGCUUCAUUUCAGCCAGGGUACAGCCAUCCCAGAGCCUCAACUUCAACAUCCCAGCCCCUCCUGUAGUAACCCACCUUCCCAAGUACAAGUCAAGAGAUGCAGGGGAAUGCAGCCAGGGAGGCUGGAGGUUGACAUCCUUGCCUCUCUUGCAGGAGAGACUGGUGGCGCCGCCCUAUUUGCCUGAACUAAAGCGGGGUAGGCGUGCGUUUGAAUACAAGGCUGAGGUGCUCAGUAAGCAGUGCCACACAGGGGAGGAGAUGCCUGUAACCGUGUCGAACAGAGGCGGGGCGCUGCUGCUCAAAGGCUGGCAGGAGGCGGCCAUGGACCUCUCCAAGGCCGGGGAUCUGGGCAUUGGGGGCGACGCGGCAGCCACUGUAGGCCACAUGAGUCACCAGGUCCACUCCGGUGCCCGAAAACUGCCCGCCAUGAGCGCCAUGCAGGGUUCAGUGGGGAAGGACAUGGCCGGGAUCCUGCAGGCAGGUCUCAUCCACCCCGUCACCGGCCAAAUUGUCAACGGCAACCUGAGGUGUGACGACGCAAUCAUGCGCCGGAGGAGAGGCAGACGGAGAAACGUGGAGGCGGUUGACAUCGGGUUUGUCAAGAGCAGAGGAAUGCAUGUGCAGGAAAAACAGGUCACCAGCCAUUCUGCAGUGUCGUCCACCUCCUCCCCACCGGAGCGCCCCCCGGGAACCUCCGCCCCCACCCUGCCAGAGGUGGUGGCCAUCGACAGAGAGGCUGCCAACAAUGGCUUGAUGGAAUGGCUGCGACCGAAUCCCAACUGCAGCAUGGAGGUGCCCACUUUCGCACCGUCUCCUGGCUCAGCGAUUCUGCACAGCUUUGUGGAGCGGCCCAAGCAGCGGCGGCAUCGCUGUAAAGACCCCACCAAGCUGGAUGUCAACUCCCUAACAGGGGAAGAGAGGGUGCCAGUGGUCCACAGGAGCACUGGCCGCAGGCUUGGGGGUGCUAUGGCUCCAGCAAUCAAGGAGCUUUCACGAUGGCUGGAUGAAAAUACUGAGUACUGCGUGGCACCUGACUGGGCAGAUGUAGUGAAACACUCUGGCUUUCUUCCUGAGGGCAAGUUCACCCGCAUCCUCACUGAGCCCGUGUGCCGCGACCAGGGGCCCCGCCGCCGGGGCCGUCGUCCCCGCAGCGAGAUGCCCAAGCCCCUCCUCUCCGAGUCUCCCAUGGGCCCGCUCUGUAUGAACGGCGGCCUGAUCGGCAGCAUGGACCUGGUCAGCCUCCAGAACCUCCACAAUGUCCAGGGCAUCCCACUCACAAGCUUGAUGGGAUUCCCCCAUGGCUUUGCUGUGUCCGCCGGUGAAGACGCAAAGAAUGGUCUGAGUAUGCUGCCUAUGAUGCUCCACGGCGUACACGGCGCCCCCCACAUGUUCAGUGUUCAGGGGCUGAUGGGGUUGCCGCCCACCUGCUCUGCUUCCACCUCUUCCUCCACGGCUGUAGUUACCACCACUGCGGCCUCCUCCUCAGCGGCCAGUAGCCCCUCUCGAGGCCCCGGCCAGGCAUCUUCAAGCACAGGGGCCGAGGGCUCUGGCAUUCAGUCUGGCAGAGAGAGAAAGAGGGAGGAAAAGCAGCAAGGCGCGAUGGGCAACCACAGCAUUGCGGCCAUCACCACCACCACAGCGACCAGCAGCAGUGGCAGCCACCAGGCCUUCAACCCUUUCCUCAUUCCGGGGAUGUCCCAUGGACUGCUGUACCCUCACAUGUUCCUCCCGCACGGGGGCGUCAUGGCGCUGCCAGGCAUGCCGCCUGCAGACUCCUCCAGCAGCCCAAAGACGAAGAAGAAAAGAACAAGGGAGGAAGGGGUGGUGGUGGUGGUGGUGGAGGCAGACAGCCACUUACAGACAGACAGUGGGCCUCCGAAAAAACACAGUGAUGGCCAGACUGGGGAGAGCACGGCUGACCAGGCUGGGCCGGAGGACAGGGAGCAGAUGGAGGACAACAUUCAGGAGGAGGGCACGGGACACGACUCCCAUGAACCUCCAGAGGUAAACCCCAAGAAGAGCGUUGAAGAGGAGAGAGGAACGAUGGAGAUUAGCUUGAUGGAGGAGAAAAAACUGCCUGAGGAGGAGAGCGUGUCAAGGGGGGCAGAGUAGACUUCACAAUAUACUUCUUCUCCCACCUCUUUCUUACUGUGCAACAGUUUUAAGUUUGUGGUGUGUAAGUACCUUCAUUUGUAUGUAAAUACUUUUAUUAUCAACUUAUUUUUUAUAGUUCUGCCCUGUAGCAAAUUUGUGAUUAUCUUAUACUAUAUAUCCCCACACAUGCUCCAUUCAAGAACUUCAUGAAAGAGAUGCAAACACACACUUGCGAAGGGAGGAAUGAAUCAACGUUGUUACAUGGUUAUAACAAUUCAAGCAUCCUUGACGGUCUGCUACAUCAUUUAGAUGCCUGGUUGCAAAAAGGUAAAGUCGGGAGCCUGUUUGACUGAAGAGGAUAAAGAUUGUGGGUUGUGUUCAUUAGGGCAUGCAAUGGAGAACAUUGUCAAACGGUUUCAAUGGGAAAUGAAAAUGUGUUUCUUAUCAAGUCGUCCCAUCUUUUUUGUCAGUUUUUUUUAUCCAUUUUUGGUGCCUAAUGAUCACAACCAAGAACGAUGUAGCCGUCUAGUGAUUACUGUCCCCUCAGUUUCCUUGAUGGUAUUAAGGAAUGUGAAUAUCCCAUUAAAGUUGUUUAAUGUCCCGAAAGCCUAAAACGAAUAGCAAUUUUAUUUGAAGGUCCUUUAAAAUGUGUUGAAUAUAAUACUUUUUAUAUCAAUGCAUGCAAGGUAACUUGCAGUCCCAAGUUUGAUUAGUAGCAUAACUGCUGCUAAGAAGUUCUGAAUAGGACAGCUUUUGUCCAUCCCUAUUUUGUUUGUCUUGUUACUGCUGUGUAAAACAUUUUUAAAAGGAAAAUAGACAAACGAAAGUGCGUAUAACAGAUUUAGAGAAAACAAUGAUGCUAGUAUAACCAAUCGAGAGAACACAUAUGCAGUACGACAGCCACUCAAAUAAAAGGCAAAGACUAAUCCUGAGUUUUGAUAAUGCUUUAAAAUAUAUAAUCUCACAAAGUCACUUUGGGAUGUGAUCAGCUGUGUCAGUGUGGGAGCAGUGAAGAGGUACCAUAGACAGUCUGUCACAGAGAGCUCUGUUGAGAGCGCCAGUGCCUCACCGGUGAGGGACAAGCACACAGAGGGUACUUCACUAAGGGAGAGGGGUGGUGGGGGAUGUGCAAAGUAUACAAAUAAUAUGUCCAUUCCCAUCUGCCUUUCCAGUGUUAGGGAAAAGUUAGUCGUUUGAUCACAGAUACUGUAUGUAAAGCAGUGGCAGAGUGCCUCGUUGUUUUAAAGGCUUCGUGGUCUCCUUUUCUUCCCUUAGAAGCAUUUUAAACUCCUGUAGACUAGGUCAUACUCAGAAUGUUUCAAACAAAUCUAUCUAUUUAGCUGUAUAUUGCUGUUCCUUUUGUUUACAUGCACACCACAUUUUUUGUUUUCUCCGUUAUGUCCCUUGACAUUGGGGGGAAAUGGCAAAAUCAGUACCAGUGUUUAUUGUAUUUAACAUAAUGUACUACACUAAAUGGAUGCAAAAGCUGAUUUUAUUCUCAAUUUUACAACAGGGUCUGUUUUUUGGGGUAUAUGUUUUAGACUUGGCUUCUAAGCGUAACAACUUGACUUCUCUUUUUGUUUGUGAUUUUUUUUUUUCAUAUUAGAAAAGUGUCCUUUGGUGAAUGUUUACCUGUAUUCUGUCUAUUAAGCUUUUAUUUGUGUAUGUGUACAUGCAUGCGCACACUUGCACAACCUGUCCCAUGGGUGACAUUUUGUCCUCGAGCUGUAUUUCUCUCUUGCUCUAGAGUCAUCUUUCUUUGUUGGAAGACAUGUUAUAGUUGCCUUGUCACAACUUGUGACUAUAAUUCAUUUGUUCUGCCAAACUUUCACCAAACAUGACAUUUUUCUUUAAACUUAGUUGAUUAUAUUAAAAGUAAAAUGCCUUAUUUAGCUAGUGUUAUAUAUAUAUAUAUACUGCUAAAAAAAAUAAGGGAACACUAAAAUAACACAUCCUAGAUCUGAAUGAAUGAAAUAUUCUUAUUAAAUACUUCUUUCUUUACAUAGUUGAAUGUGCUGACAACAAAAUCACACAAAAAUUAUCAAUGGAAAUCAAAUUUAUCAACCCAUGGAGGUCUGGAUUUGGAGUCACACUCAAAAUUAAAGUGGAAAACCACAUUACAGGCUGAUCCAACUUUGAUGUAAUGUCCUUAAAACAAGUCAAAAUGAGGCUCAGUAGUGUGUGUGGCCUCCACGUGCCUGUAUGACCUCCCUACAACGUCUAGGCAUGCUCCUGAUGAGGUGGCGGAUGGUCUUCUGAGGGAUCUCCUCCCAGACCAACUCCUGGACAGUCUGUGGUGCAACGUGGCGUUGGUGGAUAGAGCGAGACAUGAUGUCCCAGAUGUGCUCAAUUGGAUUCAGGUCUGGGGAACGGGCGGGCCAGUCCAUAGCAUCAAUGCCUUCCUCUUGCAGGAACUGCUGACACACUCCAGCCAAUAGGAGGAACCCAGGGCCAACCGCACCAGCAUAUGGUCUCACAAGGGGUCUGAGGAUCUCAUCUCGGUACCUAAUGGCAGUCAGGCUACCUCUGGCGAGCACAUGGAGGGCUGUGCGGCCCCCCAAAGAAAUGCCACCGCACACCAUGACUGACCCACCGCCAAACCGGUCAUGCUGGAGGAUGUUGCAGGCAGCAGAACGUUCUCCCUGGCGUCUCCAGACUCUGUCACGUCUGUCACAUGUGCUCAUGUGCUCAGUGUGAACCUGCUUUCAUCAGUGAAGAGCACAGGGCGCCAGUGGCGAAUUUGCCAAUCUUGGUGUUCUCUGGCAAAUGCCAAACGUCCUGCACGGUGUUGGGCUGUAAGCACAACCCCCACCUGUGGACGUCGGGCCCUCAUACCACCCUCAUGGAGUCUGUUUCUGACCGUUUGAGCAGACACAUGCACAUUUGUGGCCUGCUGGAGGUCAUUUUGCAGGGCUCUGGCAGUGCUCCACCUGCUCCUCCUUGCACAAAGGCGGAGGUAGCGGUUCUGCUGCUGGGUUGUUGCCCUCCUACGGCCUCCUCCACGUCUCCUGAUGUACUGGCCUGUCUCCUGGUAGCGCCUCCAUGCUCUAGACACUACGCUGACAGAAACAGCAAACCUUCUUGCCACAGCUCGCAUUGAUGUGCCAUCCUGGAUGAGCUGCACUACCUGAGCCACUUGUGUGGGUUGUAGACUCCGUCUCAUGCUACCACUAGAGUGAAAGCACCGCCAGCAUUCAAAAGUGACCAAAACAUCAGCCAGGAAGCAUAGGAACUGAGAAGUGGUCUGUGGUCACCACCUGCAGAACCACUCCUUUAUUGGGGGUGUCUUGCUAAUUGCCUAUAAUUUCCACAUUUUGUCUAUUCCAUUUGCACAACAGCAUGUGAAAUUUAUUGUCAAUCAGUGUUGCUUCCUAAGUGGACAGUUUGAUUUCACAGAAGUGUGAUUGACUUGGAGUUACAUUGUGUUGUUUAAGUGUUCCCUUCAUUUUUUUGAGCAGUGUAUAUAGAUAGAUAGAUGUUUUGUUACAUCUCCAUAUUGGAAGUUAUAUAUCAAAGUAUUUUGUUCGGUUUGUUUUAAAUGCCCCUUCAGUUGUAUGCGUACAUACCUUGGUAAUGUGCAAAACCAGGAUUUGGACAUUUGCUGGUAUCAGUCACUGCAGUGAUAGAAGAUAAUCUUUCAAAGUUAUCUUUAUGGUCCAAUUCACUUACUCCAUGAAGUGACUCAAACAAUCUUCCAAAGCACAAUGGAGAACAAUGAAUUAUUACUGUUUUCUCAUCAGUGCCUCUGAGAUUUGGUUUGAUAUUUUUUCUAUUUUGUUCCAAACUUCUGCUGAUUUACAUAAUUUAUUAUAUCUAGGCUGAAGUACUAGUGCAGAAACAUCCCUGAACCUAUUCCAAUUGCAUCUAAUGUUAUCAAUGUGAAGGGUGCCAUGCAAUUCCUGAUCGGUCAUGUCUGAGGGUCCCCUUUGUUUCACUCAAACAACAAGCUUUUCACAUGCUUAUAUUCACUUAACAGGCCUUCAGUUUUCGUAAAGACAUCACUGGUGCACGGUAUGUAUACAACUGAAGUGGAUGUGAUGUUAAAACCAAUGCUCAUCCAAUUGUAGACCUAUUCUGCACGUUGGAUCCAAUAUUCCACUACCAUUGGCUGAGUAAUGUGUCUUCAGAUAGACAACCUGUUUUUGGGAAUAUAAAGUAGAUUUAUUAGAUCUCAAGACACCAGCCCACACCAAUUUUCUAUUACUUUGCUUGUGUGUGACAACUUGAAAAACAACUACUUGGAGCAGUAUGUGACUACAGUUGAAGGUCAAUUAAUAUUUAUUCAGUCUUUCAUGUCAUGAAAUCGUUUUACUGUGUUUUCUUUUCAUUUAGUCUUUUGGUAAUUUAUGAAACGGUCAGAUUCAUUUCAAGUCAUGUAUCUCAUAUGUAUUUAUUGUACAAGUCUUGUCUAAGCAUUUUCAUGUUUAUGCCUGGUGUGUAACGUUAAAGGGUUCAGAGGGACAACAGUCACGCUUCUAAGGCUUGCUGGCUCUUCACAUUUUAGAAUGUUUGUUGUAUUUUUUUUUGCCAUCACCUAUGGCAAGAGUAGUAUAAAAUACAUAAAUGUUAUAACUUUUCCUGAAAAAGUGUAACUUACUUAUUAACAUGUGCCAUAGAUUGUGGGUCAUUGGGACGGGGUCAAUUGUAUCCGUGUGAACUUUGGACUGAAUUGUACUAUAACCUAUUUCUGCAGUCAGGUUAGACACUAGGCGCCAGGCCCUAUUCAUCAAUUCUGUUAUGUAUUUGCAUGUCAGAGGAAAGAUACGGGCUCUGGCUUUCCAAUGCCAUGCUAUGUGUGUUGUGAUUGCAUGCCUGGACAUGCUGGUUAUAUAGGCCCUGAAAAUUGCCACAAUCCAAGUUGCAGAGAUGGCCACUCUGUGUGUGUGUGCGUCUGCAUGCAUGCAUUGACAGAUUAGGACCUUCGUUUUCAGCUCAUACAGUCAAAGCCAGUGUUCACUAAAUGGGUUUACUGUAAAGCUACAUUGAACGAAGUGCACCGUGGGUGGGAACAUCAUGCUUCAAAAGAAAAGUACUGGCUGACGUAAGCUACAUUAACAGAGUUGUGGAUAAAAAAAUCAUUGUUGAACUAGCUCCAAUAUUCCCUCAUGGACCAAUCCCAUAACUCAGAACAUGGUAUGUGAUCUUUUAUUGUACAAUAAAAGAUGACUUUCAACUUUCA